AGGGCUGCAUCGAGCUCGUUUCAUUUCCUCCUCUGAUCCUUUAUUUAUUUGAAGUCUCAUUAAGAUUUAGUUUUUAACCCCGUUUGAAAGUGGGUCAAGGAAGAUAAACAGUGCAACAACGCUAUGUUACACUCCCCUCCACCAAAAAACCGUUGUUGAUCUGUGAGUCAUAUAUACAAAUAAUAAGACACCCUUUGUCUCGAACGUAAAUAACGCGAAAAUGGUGAUAAUUUGUAUAUGUCAUCAAAUAUAUACAACUCGUGUUGUCAGUUAAUCUUGGCACACAGGCCUUUCGUAUGUGGCCAAUCAACCCCCACAGUGUUUGCAGUACUCUAGGCCCAAUUGGUUGACCCUUAUCAGCGGCUGUUCAGCCAAUAAAAUGUGUUGGUUGAUAAGAGAGAGCUGCUGUUCAGUCAAGUGAAUCACUAUUUCCAAUCGGUUAACUUUGUCUGCUACUUAUCUCAUCUCAUUUACAACCUACACCUUUCCUUCUCUUUCUUCACCAAAAGACCUACAACUGAUAAUGAAAAGCAAAGUCAAUAGAACCUGAGCAUUGUCGGAAGUAGCCUUAGAAAUGUGCUGCAGUGCAGAUUUAACAGAAGAUGAUUGGAAGGGUGUUUUUUUGCGAGAUCAGAUGUGUGUUUAAUCCAUUCCUUAUUAGUUUUACAGCACUGCUAUUCGUCCUUCUGGCAUCAGGUGAGAUUCACAACUCCACCAGCCGGGUAUAAGCUUUUCUCCCCCUGGCUGCGCCCUUCAACAUACCCUUCACUAGGCCCUGCUGACCAAUGACCAAUGAUAUCUGAGCAUGUCUCCAUGCGCACAGUCGCGUGCCCUCCUGACAGUGCGUCUCACUCUCAGCAGCUUGUACCGUGAUACAUUCCAAAGGAGAGGGGAAGGUUGUCUGUGUCUGUGUGUGUGUGUGUGUCAGAGAGACAGAGAGACAGAGAGAGAGGGAGUUGAGAUGUCUUGAUGGACUAUUGGAUGUAACUGGUGGUUCAUUGCGCCUAUGGAGUUUAAUUUACGGACAUUAUGGAUUGGUCAAACUGACAACUCAACUCCAGGAAGAAGAAUGGACAUUGAACAAGGCAUGGAGGCUACUUCAUUGCCAAAUUCGUUGACCACUGACUGGCGUGAGGACGGGAACGAGACAAUUGGCAAUCAGUUCCAGCAGCCAGAUUGGCAGGUGGCUUUGUGGGCUAUAGCCUACUCCCUCAUCAUCGUGGUGUCCAUCACUGGCAACGUUACAGUGAUCUGGAUCAUUCUUGCACACAGGCGCAUGAGGACCGUUACCAACUACUUCAUCGUCAACCUGGCCUUCUCCGAUGUUUCCAUGGCAACCUUCAACACUCUUUUCAACUUUGUCUAUGCGCUUCACAAUGACUGGUAUUUUGGCCUGGGCUACUGCCGAUUCCAGAACUUCUUCCCCAUCACUGCCAUGUUUUCCUCAAUAUACUCAAUGGCUGCCAUCGCAGUGGACAGGUACAUGGCCAUCAUCCACCCCCUGAAGCCCCGUCUGUCCUCCACCUCUACAAAGGUUGUGAUUGCCCUGAUUUGGAUUGUAGCAAUAUUACUGGCUUUCCCUCAGUGCUACUACAGCGUGACAUCGUUUUACUACCCCAGAACCGUGUGCAUGGUCGACUGGCCUGACGACUAUGGUGGAACACAUCAACUGAGUUACCAGUAUUCAGUCAUAUUACUGAUCUACCUGCUCCCUCUACUGGUGAUGCUGGUGACCUACAGUUUUGUUGGUCAAACGCUGUGGGGUGGGCACAUCCCCGGGGAGGCAUCAGACCAUUACCACAGCCAGAUCACAGCCAAGAGAAAGGUGGUGAAGAUGAUGGUUGUUGUUGUGCUGACCUUUGCCCUUUGCUGGUUGCCCUACCACAUCUACUUCAUUUUGGGAUCAUUUAACAUAGACAUAUAUAAACAAAACUACAUCCAACAGGUGUAUCUGGCCAUAUUCUGGUUGGCGAUGAGUUCGACCAUGUACAAUCCCAUCAUCUACUGCUGUCUAAACCAAAGGUUUCGUGCGGGUUUCCGCCACGCGUUUGUAUGGUGUCCCUUCAUCAAAGUGUCCGAGGAGGACAGGAUGGAGCUGCAGCACACCAACACCUUCAGAGUCACCAUGACACGAAGCCACCGCAAAGACAGUGCAAACACACACACAUCCGGGAAAACACCUGUGAACCCCGAACUAAACACCGAGAGAGAUGCUCGCACGCAGCGUAAAAAACAAACACCAACUAAAACAUACAGCGUACACAAAUACACACGCGGAGAAGAGGCCGAGCGAUACACAAUCCCCAGCUGCAAAGCGUAUGGGGCACACCCAUUGACCAUCGAAUCAAAUCACGAGGAGGACAUCGGUGGGAAGGUGACAUCGAUUCUCUGUAGCUACACAGCUGACGAUAAAUAGAGAGAGAAUAAAGCCUGCUGACGUAAUUGAGCAAACUACGGUGAUAUCCAUCAUUAUAGUACAGAGUUGUUCAUUGGAGUUGAGACGAAUCAUUUUUUUAUGUGAAUUGAUGUGAUGUGCAUAACAACACAUGCAUGCUGGACAACAAAAGAUUAACAAGAAGGUCUGUAGAUAAAUCCUGCCAUCAUUCAUUAGUUUUACUGAAGCCCAUUGUCCUCUUUCUAUCGUCUACACCAUUUAUUCCAUCACUGACUUUUUACCAACUUUUUUUUGCAUGAAAAAAUCAUCAUAAAAUGGAUCGACAGUCCACCGGCAUCAGAACCAAGCAUUAAUAAUGCUGUUUUUGUCUAUUCAUUUGAAAACUUUUGUUUUUUGUUUUUUUUGUUUAUUACGUUAGAAUGAGCCCAUAUAUUUACAAAGGCAGCGCCGGGUCUUCUUCAUAGAGUCUGGCAGCACGUUGCACAAAAAUCGUGUCACAAAAUCCUACAGAGCUUUCCGUGUCAAAGUAUAUUUAAAUGAAAUCAGCAUUUUUUGACACACACACAUAACAAAGUAAGUAAAGCAGGUGUCUGUGACCAUAAAGGCAGGCUGUACAAACGAAGACUCAGUAGCAGUGAGGGCUUCACCUCGGGUGUCUAAUAUAAAUACAACGUUAACAUUAACUGGCUCGAUCGAGUUUAGAGGGAAAAUGAUACAAUGAGCACGGACCUGUUAGUGUACAGUACCAGUAUUUUGACAAAUCUAUAUGUAUUGUGAAUUCACUGCUUUAUAGGCCUGUAUUUAUUAUGGUCAUUGUACAGUAGAGCCACCAUUAAAAAGUCAAAGUGCUUAGAAGAAUGUGAUGUAUAUCAAUGUUAAACAUGCAGUUGAAGUGGAAAUGGAAAUACGGGACUUAUCCAGUUGGAUGUUGUAAAUAC